AGGCCCUGGCUGUAAGGAUGGACUGUGCACUGCUGCUGCUGUCCCUGUGGGCUCUGGCUGGAUUGGUGUCCCCACAGACUCCAGGUGUCACCACAGGGUCGUGUGCGCCAAGACUCCUGGUAGACGAGAAGAGGAAGUCCUGUCCCCGGCCGUGCAAGACUGACAAAGACUGUGGGAACAAACGGCAGUGUCUGUGUGACGGCCAGUGUGGGCUCAGCUGUGUGGUUCCAGGUCGCACUUGUCCCUGGCCUCUGCCCCCCAGUGAAAACUCAGAAGUUCAACUCCUCCAUCCCACAAGCUCCUUCGAUGCACUGCUUGAGGUGCGCUGCAAGCCGGGGUUCACGCUGCCCAAUGGCCUGGAUGCCACUAUGAGACGCUGUCAAGGUGACCGGCAGUGGAGCGGGGAUGUUCCUGUCUGUACAGAGUCACUCCAACCCACCACUUCCCAAACCUGCCCUCUGUCUGAGGAAGUCACCAACACCUUCAGCAUCCAGGGCAAUGCUACAGUCGGAACAUCCAUCCGCUACAGCUGCCUGUCUGGGGCGGAUAUAGUGGGGAGCAGUGAAAAUUUCUGCCAGGAUAAUCAGACCUGGCAGUAUCCCCAUCCUAUCUGCAAAGAGGUGUACUGCCAGCCACCCCGGGAUGUGGAGCAGGGCUACGUGGUGGCGGUCCAGAAGACUGAGUAUGAAGUGGGCUUUGAUAUCCACUACCUCUGCAAGAGGAACUUCCUGCUAGAUGGACCCCAGAAGGUCACCUGCCUGCCCGACGGCAGCUGGAGUGCAGCGCCCCCACACUGCAGAGCUCGUUGUCUCAUCCCUGCUGAGCGGAGCCGUGUUGUGAUUGGUGGAGUGAAGCGCUGGCCCUUUGACAUCACAGACGCCAUGGUUCCUCAUGGAGAAAAUGUGACAUUCUUCUGCAAACAUCCUCGCAAGCAGUGCAGCUUCACUGCAACCAAGACCUGCUUUGAUGGAGAGCUGCACCCACAAGACUGCUACCUUGAGCCCACGUGGUUGCAGUACAAACUCUUCCCCCACCGGCUGGUCUCAGAGAUUGAAGCGUGUGAGCCAGGAGAUGUGGAGUGAUGACCUGCACGUCUGAACUCAACCCAGCCAACACUCAUGACACUGUGACACAAUACCAGCACCUCCACCUGACUCAUACCAGCAUCCAUCUUCUUGGGCAGUCCUUCUUCACUCUGCAGCUUUGCUUCUAUCUAUACUAUGAUUAUGGUCUGUUAGACACUGAAAUAUUACUCACAGCUCUUGUGGAUGGGCAGGCUAAGCUGUCUAUCUUGAAUUGUAGGUUUCAUGGCCUCUGUCACCCUCUCCUGCAUGCAUUCUGGAUCUCCAUCACACUGCAGGCAUAAUUAUAUUCUGCAAAAGUAUAUGUUAGAUCUUUCUCAAGCCUGAGCUAAUGCAUACUGUAGCUGCAAUCCAUAGGCCUCCGUUAUGAUGUACGUAUAAAGCAUUAUUUCAUCAGUUCUGCCUGUGAUGAUACCUUCAUGUAACCUAACUAAUACAGACUCUGUGAUAUCUCACUGUGUGAUCUUUCUUUCCCUCUUGUAUAUGACGCAUCAAGUCUUGAGGCUUGUAAGUGUUAUUGAUUUGAAAUAAAGUUAUGUGAAAACGG